CACGACAACAAGUCCGAGAGCCAAGGGAAAUUGCAAAGCGCUCUCUCUCAGUAACAAACCACCGCUUGAGCCUCUCACCACAUACAAUCUGCCCACCAUGUCCGGCAAGGGCUCCGCAUACGGCCAGCCGGCCGGCGACACAGAUUUUCGCAAAAAGUACGACCUAGAAGAGUAUGCGGCCAAGGCCAAAGAGCGCGAAGCGGCGGAGAAGGAGGAGCGCAAGGCGCGGUGGGAGGCCAAGAUGGCGGGCAAGAAGUACUACAAGCCGAUGGACGGCACCGAGACGCUCACGACGGCGCGCAGCGCGACGCAGGACUUCAGCAAGCUGGUCGGGACGACGACGCUGGUGCCGGCCGGGGCGGGCGUCGGCAAGCGCGGGCGCGGCGCCGGCUUCUACUGCGAGGCGUGCGACCUGACGUUCAAGGACAACCUGCAGUGGGUCGAGCACACCAACAGCAUGCAGCACCAGCGCAACAUCGGCGCGACGGGCGAGGUGCGCAAGGCCACGGCCGAGGAGGUGCGCGCGCGCAUCGAGGCGCUCUGGGAGCGGGAGCAGCAGCGCAAGCGGGAGGAGGUCGUCUCGCUCGCCCAGAGGCUGGAGGUGCGCAAGGAGGAGGAGGCGAGAGAGAGGGAGGAGAGGAGGCGGAAACGGAAGGAGGCCGAGGAGCGCAAGAGGCAGGAAAGGGAGGCCGCGAUGAAGAUCAAGACCGAGUAUGGCGAUGACGUCCGGAUCGAGGGCGAGCACGACGAGGACGAUAUGAUGGCGGCCAUGGGGUUUACUGGGUUCGGCACCACGGCGAAGAAGUGAGACACAUCGUUACGCUGGGGGGGUUCAGGUAAUGAUGUUGGCUUACUUGAAGUUUACGAAAGAUACCAGCAAUGGGUGGCGUUUGGAGUUUCCGGGCUUGGUGUUUUCUUACAGGGCAAGUCGGUCUACGUUUUGAGAAAAAUCUGUAGAGCACUUGGAUCUCGUUUACAGUACAUACAUAUAUGCAUAAAUUUGGAAAUCAUCUUGAAA